ACAAUCCCAACAAGGCAAAGUUCAAUCUUCACUCCCUAAAGAGUAAGAAGACACCUCCCACACCACAGUGUGUGUCUUAUUGCAUACAAUUCCACUUUAUGAAAGCCACCCUUUCUUUAAUUACGCCAAUAAUUCAUCAAAGCAUAUAUCAUCCCACUCUUGUAGCCCUUUUCUCCAUUAGAUUCUUUCUUUUUUUCCAAAAAAAAAAAAUAAUAAUAUGGAUCUUGAAGAUUGGGAAAUUCUUCCUGAUGAUGGAUUCCUUCAAAUCCAUGAUGAUGAUGGCAAAAUGAUAUUUUCAAGAAAAUAUACUUCUCAUAAUUCCAAGAAUGAAUUCAACAUGAAUUAUUUCAUUUGUCCAUCUCAAAAAUCACCCCAAUUUGUUGACACUACAAAGCACCUUCCAAGUGUGCCUAAUCAAAUAGUCCCUUUUCAUGUUCAAUUAGAACCAAAUAAUCAACAAGAGGUUAUAAAACCACCAAACUUUGGAGAAAAUUAUGAUCAAGAAAAUGUCAUUAUUGCAAAAGAAGUCAUCACUAAGGUCCCUCUAGAGAUUAAACCACCAAACUUUGGGGAACAUCAUGAUCAAUUCUCACAAGUUUUCUUCAAGAAAAUGAAGGAAAAUGAAUUUGAGAACAUGAAAAUGGACUCACCAAAGUCCAACAACAAGACCAUUAUGUCACAAGUUGAUGCUGACCCUUUUGUAUUUGAGGAAAAAGAAGAGGUUGACAAAGAGAUAGUGAUCAAGAAAAUUGAUGAAAAUAGCAAUGGCGGCCAUGGAUUGAACUUGUUGAACAAGAGUUUGAAUGGUAUUGGUGCUAUUUGUUCUUUUGGGAUUGCCGCUGCUGCUACUAUUUGCAUCAUAUUCAUUGGUAAUCACCAAAAAAAUAAGCAGAACCAGAAGCUUAGGUUCCAAAUCUUUACUGAUGACAAGGAUAAAAGAAUCUCAUUGUCCCCUGCAAAAAGCAAGAAAAUCUUUUUUCGUGAUCGAUUCAUAAAAAAAGAAUCAGAGGAUCAAACAAGUAGUUCACCAUGCAACCAGAUUGAAUGAAGCAAUUUCAUCAGUGAGAGGAGUUCCUGUUACAAGAGCACACAUUACAGUUGGAGGUUACUAUGAUGCUCUUUAAUUGUUCCAUCAUGAACUUCUUUUCUCGGAGAAGAAGCAAUGACGGUAUCUGGAGAUAUAGGAUUUGUAUUAUAUGUAUGUUGUACUUGUACAUAUACAUUCCAAUAUUCUGCAGAGCUUGUAGUAAGGUUAUUUGUUAUGAAGAAAUUGGUGGACGGUUCAUAUUAAUGCAGUUUUAUUCCAUGAAUGUAAGAUUUUGUUCUAAA